UAUGGGACUCCCAACCACAGCCAGAUAUGACACAGCUUGGAUACAAACCAAGGACCGCAGUGCCUUAGACCACUGUGCCACUCGGGAGCUCAUUGCUGUGAUUAUUCCUAUAGAACACAAGAUGCUGUCCGUUGGCCCGACGGAACCUUGGUCAUUGAGGGAGAAACUAUGCCUAGCCUCCUCUGUUAUGAGGAGCGGAGACCAAAACUGGGUGUCUGUCAGCAGAGCCAUCAAGCCUUUCUCAGAGCAAGGCCGCCCUCCAGACUGGUUUUCUCAGAAGCACUGUGCCUCUCAGUACUCUGAGCUGCUGGAGACCACAGAGGCUCCAAAGCGUAAGCGUGGGGAAAAGGGUGAGGUGGUGGAGACCAUCGAAGAUGUAAUCGUUCGAAGACUUACUGCUGAGAGGAUAGAGGAGCUGAAGAAACUACUGAGAGACACACAGGACAAAUACAGGAAGCUGAAGAAGGAGGUGGAUCUGAUCCAGACCGGACAUCUGGACUCCCGGCUGGAGGAUCUGUGGACAGAAGUAUCACAGAAAAAGAAGCAGGAUGAGGAUGAGGCAGAUCUUAAGAGGAAGGCCACAGAUACAGCCUAUCAGGCUCGCCAAGCAGUUAAGAACACACCCAAGCGGGUGCCCAGUGUCACUGUACGCUCCCCUCUGGGUGCCAGUCCCACGAGCAUGGAGGCACAGACAGAUACCCCCACACCCCCAACAGACACAGCCAUGCCCCAGGCAGAGGAGACCUCUGGCACUACUGUGGUAAGGGAAGGACCCAAGCCCAGGGGGGUGGCUGUGUUUCUACCAACGUCGGAUGCUCCAAUGGUGCUGCCUGAGGGAAGCCUUGGGUCUCUGGUAGAUGACUCCUCACAGAAGAGGCUCCUUAGUCAGAAGUCCACGCCGCCUCCCUCCCCUCUCCUCUCAGAGCUGCUGAAAAAAGGAAGCCUGAUUUCUGCUAGCCCCAGACUGGUGGUGGAGGGGGAUGUUGCUGUUGCAGGACUGGCUAAUGGAGGAGUUCCCACUACAACCCUUGAUAUCCCAGCAGGCUUUGAGGUCGCCUGCUCUGAAGGGGAAGGAAUAUCUACAGUGGCAAGAAAAAUCGGAGAGGCGGUAGUGAAAGCAGAGCUGGGUGAGGAGUUGGAGCUAGUGAAGGAGGCGGGGCUAGUGGAGGAGGACCUGGUAGCUGUUUCCUACAUGGGGGAUGAGCUGGACCUUGAGACAGUCGGAGACAUCAUCGCCAUCAUAGAGGAGAAGGUGGAUGACUCUGUGGAAGCUCUAGAUGCUGCAGCAGUGGAGGCUGCUCUCUCUCUCUGUGAGGAGGCUGUUUCUGCCGGCCACUCCCUCUCAGGCCCCUGGGAGGCCCAUGACUUGAAGUCCUCAGAGCCUGGGCCCACGGUUCAGUCUGACCCCACACAGGGGCUUCAGGGUGGAACGGGAGCUAACCCUGGGGUCCUGGAGCCAGAUACAGAGAGUGGAAGGGGGGAAGCCAAGGAGGGAUUAGAAACAGUGGGGACAGGCGUUGCUCCUUCUGUUGCCGCUGACGACAGCCUGGCAGGAAGUGAGGUCACAGAGGAAGGAGUUCUCACGGUGGAAGGAAGCCUAAGCACAGCUGUGAAGACUGAGAAUGAGGAGUGGACCCAGCCAGAACCAAACACACCCUGCCUAGACUCAGAAGACAGUUCUGGAUCAGGGAAAGAGUCCAAGGAAGUGAAGGAUGAGGAUGGAGGGAGCGACGGGGAUCCUGAUGAAGAGGUGGAGAUGAAAGAGGAGUGUGGAGAGGGGGAGGGGCCCUACCUAUCAGAAGUAGAACCGGCAGCCAGUGAGAGUGAGGAUGGCUAUGGCCCAUCCUCCCAACGCUACACCACAGCUGAUUCGCUAGCCAGCAGCCCCGCCUCUUCUCAGUUCUCGAUAUGUGGGGAGGAUCAGGAGGCCGUUCAGGCUCAGAAGAUCUGGAAGAAAGCCAUCAUGCUGGUGUGGAGAGCAGCAGCCAAUCACAGGUAUGCCAGUGUGUUCCUCCAGUCUGUGUCUGAUGACAUCGCCCCUGGUUACCACAGCAUUGUACACAGACCCAUGGAUCUGUCAGCCAUCAAGAAGAGUAUCGAGGCGGGUCAGAUCCGUACGACUGCGGAGUUCCAGCGUGACAUCAUGCUGAUGUUCCAGAACGCGGUGAUGUACAACAGCUCUGACCACGAUGUGUUCCACAUGGCCCUGGAGAUGCAGAGGGACGUUCUAGAACACGUGCAGCAGUUUCUGGCCACUCAGCUCAUCAUGCAGACCUCAGAGUCCUCUAUCUCCACCAAGAGCCUCAGAGGCCGCGAGGGGGGCCGCAAACCGGGGGAGCCAGUGGAGAAGGACGGGGGCACCAGAGGGCGCCGCUGUGCAAUUGAAGCAGACAUGAAGAUGAAGAAAUAACCGGAGUCAAAAGGCAGUAGGGUGCCAAUGAGACUUGAUGUAGGGAUUGGACGAUUUAAACCAGAGAAUGUUUGGAGUUACUGUUCUGUGAAGUUAGCUGUUUGAGUUUAAUCAGAGAUUUCAGGUCACGGUAUGGCUGCAGUCCUGUGUACAGUUUAACUAACUUAAGUCUAUGAUUUGCAUUUGAAGCCAGUACACUAUAGAUUGACAGUUGCCACAAGUAACCAGCAGACACUGCAGCCCUGGAGUACUGAAUCAGUUUUACUACUAGUGACUGACUUGGGGCCCCAUUGUGUUUUAGGAUGUAGCCAACUGUAAAAUAUACUGCAAGGAAUUAUGAGUCUACUGUAUGUUAGUGGGAGUACAAAAGUAGUACCGGAGUGUUGAACUUUAUGUACAGUUUUAUUUUUUUCCCCAUUUGUAUGUUGUUGUUAAACUGUUUAUUAAAAGAGAAUUGCAAACAA